AUGGCAGCUGGGAGGGUAACAUGCCUCUUGAUUUUACUUCUGUUUGCUAGUUGGAUCUCCUUUGCACAAGCCAGCCAAGGUGGGGGUAUUCCAGAUUCAAACCAUGAGACAGUUUCAACCGGAAAGGGGCUCCUGGAUGGUGAACGUGUUGUGACUGUUGCUACAAACAAAAACUUGCUAGGAGGAAGAAAAAUGGUGGUUGACAGGCAAAUGAAGGUGAAGGAUGUGAGAAGUGGAGGGGAACAAACUGUCAGUCAUUCCUCUGACGAGGUGGAUGAGUCAGGUUUCGUGGCUUUCAAUGCUGAUUAUCAUGCGCCGAGGCACCAUCCGCCCAAGAAUAACUGA